UCUCUCUCUCUCUCUCUCUCUCUCUCUCUCUCUGCGAGAGAAAUCAAACCGUAGCAGCCCACGGGUUCUUGCAUUCUCUGAAUCUGAGAAACCGGUUUGCGGCGUACACGCCUCUGCUGUGCUCAUCACUGGUUUGAGUUUUUGAGCGUUUGCAGAGCUCUAGAGACUACAAGAGGUAUCUGAGUGACUUCGUCUCCAAGAAGUUGCUACCUGCCAUGGAAGGCAGUGCGAUGCCGACGCCGACCCAGAGGAGACCGCUCCUCCCGGACGGCGAGGUCGUGGAGCUGCUGUGGCAGAACGGCGUUGUCGUGGCGCAGGCGCAGGCGCAGUCGUAUCAGAGGGCCUUCCCGAGCGACGGCAACACUGGCGCGAGCGGCGUCACCGGGGAGGACGCGGUGGCGUGGCUCCCGGACGGCGGCGCGCUGGGCGGGGACGUCUACUCGCGGGUCUCGCACAGCAUCGCGCAAGUCCAUGGGCGCGUGGGCGGGGACACGGCCGCGUCCGCCCGGCCGCCGGCGACGAUCGGCGCCGGGUCGAAGACCGGCGGCGAGGCCGGCUCGAGCUUCUGCGGCAGCAACCUGGUGGCGGCGUCGCUGGCGCCGCAUUUCGACGCCGACAUCGACGACGCGGCGUUGCCGCUGCCGCCGGACGGGCCAGGCGCGCGCGCUGGCGCGUCCACGUCGAGCGGGUGGGGCAGCAAUGCGCUGCUCAAGAGGGGCCGGGACGAAUUCGAUAGCCGUAGCGAGGAGCAGCAGGUCGCCGACGUCGAGGCCGUUGACGAGACCCGGUCGUCGAGGCGGCCGGCGUCGAAGCGCAGGACUCGCGCCGCCGAGGUUCAUAAUCUAUCGGAAAGGAGAAGAAGGGACCGGAUCAACGAAAAGAUGCGAGCAUUGCAAGAACUCGUGCCUCACUGCAACAAGACCGACAAAGCGUCCAUACUAGAUGAGGCAAUUGACUACUUGAAGUCCCUCCAAUUGCAAAUUCAGAUCAUGUGGAUGACUACUGGGAUGGCGCCGAUGAUGCACCCCGGUGCUCACCAACUCAUGUCUCCGAUGAACAUGGGAGUGAAUUCAGCGUGUAUGCCACCUGUGGCGCAAGUCCUAGGUCAAAUGCAAAGAGUGUCACCCUUCAUGAACAACCCUUUGCCGAACCAAAUGCUUCAGAUCCCAUCUCCAGCUACCAAUGCACCCAAUGUGUCAAACCAGGUUCAAACCGAUCGCAUCGCCGAGCCAAGGAAUCCCUUUCUUUAUCCUAAUGGCACACUAGCAACAACACCUCAGGUGCCAAGUUUAUUCGGCUAUGGAUCUCAAAUGGGACAACGGAGGGAGAUUCAGCAGUUACUGGCUGGCACUGCCGCUCCAGCUUUGGGGGCCGAGCCUCCAUCUUCCUUUGAAGGAACCGGAACAUAAUACCACCACAGUCCAGUUAGAUGUUUAACAGUGAUCACACGGCAAACAACUAGGGGGAAUGCACAGAAGUCACAACAAGUGGUCUGCAAGAAUCAGUUUUGAUACGAAGUAAGGCCAGGGACAGAUCAUGCAUCCCUGAGCUCCUGGGCACCUCUCGUGCUGACACUAUCUUAUCUGAAGAAUAGUCUUGGAAACUUUCUGUUUCUGGAAGCCUUUGGUGGUCUCUGGGUGAUGAACUUGGCGACGCCAUCAGCAGAUAUGGUUCUGCUGAUGCUAAAGACGUGGAGAUGACAUGCUUGGCGACAUCUCAGAGGCAAGAGGAUACAACAGCGGCAGUUUCACUCUUCUUUUCGCUUAUGUUACACCGCUGACCACUGUGUUACAUGAUGCCUGAUGAGACUCUGCAUCUGAUGAGUUCCUGUGGAUCGACUGUCCACUAGCAAAUUUUCCAGCUUUACUUCAGCUACUGACCUUCAAUUGGAAGACCUAAAGGAACUGAGAGGGUUUCAUUUACCGGUUUGAUUUUUUACCGGGAGGAACCGUUUAACUCUCAAACUUCUAAUUUGAAACCGGUAAUCUGAUGAAAAUUCAGAAUUUACGGUCUAAAUUUGUUCAAGUCAAAACUCGUUCGAAUUCUUUUUGGCUGGUAUAGAAGUUCGACCAACUGGUUACCACCAACGCCGGUAAAUGGACAUGCACAAAUAUCGCAUGAAUUUCGUGCCUGAACCAAUGGCUACCAUGGAUGGAUCUCCUGGUACUGCUGUACCUUACAUGUAAUGAUACACCUUGGCUUUGUGCUGAAUUAAUUUGGACAAGGACGGAUUGAACUACUGUAGAAGAAGGAGAAAAAAUAUGUGCUGUGUUCAGUGGUUCACUGUGAGUCGCCAUCGGUUGAGAUUGGGAUUUUGUUUUGCAU